GAAAAAUCUGACGGUGGAGUUUUCUGGUCAACUCAGCGUCCAGAAAAUAGUAGAAUAGUCCAGAGAGACUAUGCGUGGGGACAGGCUGAAAGACGAAACCAAUUAAUACCUUGAAGCCAAAAUAGCUAAGAUUUUUGAAAAGAGGGAUAAGCCUGACGCAGUAAAGUGACAAGUGGAUGGUGGAUUCCCUCUCUCUCCCUCUCCUCAACUGCCUAUAAAAGGAGCAACACAUGCCUUGCUCAUGCAUAGUUGUUUCAAUAAUAGCAAUCGGUAGAUCAAUCUAAAUCUCUGUUACCUGAAAAUGUCUUGCUGUGGAGGAAAUUGCGGUUGCGGCUCUGGCUGCAAGUGCGGCAAUGGCUGCGGAGGCUGCAAGAUGUAUCCUGACAUGAGCUUCUCUGAGAAAACCACCAAGGAGACUCUGGCUCUUGGUGUAGCAACGGAGAAAGUACACUUGGCCGGAUCUGAGAUGAGCGUCGGAGCUGAGAAUGAGGGAUUCAAGUGCGGUGAUAAUUGCACCUGCAACCCCUGCAAUUGUAAAUGAGGAAGAUUCGGCAUAGUUUUAAAAAGAAAAAUCAGACACAUAAGAAAUAACAGAGUCUGAUAGUUAAGUUAUGAAUUUUCUGUUUGUUUAUCUUGUUAAGCGUAAAUAAAGUGGCCAUGGUAGAAGUUUAUGCAAAUCUUGAUACCAUGUAUUGGGAUUUUGCAGAAACUAUGGCUUCUUGUCACUCUGUUCAAGUUUAUACUUUAUAUGUAAGUGAGGUACAUGCAUGCAUGAAUAUAUAUGUAUGGAUCAUAUAUAAGCUUUUGAUAUGGCUUAAAGAAAAGAAAACUUCUACUUGAAA